AUGUCCUCCAGGUCUCAUUACCUUGCACACACGAACGACUCAGAUGAGCGUACGGGAAAACAUCAUCAACAGACAACCAACAAGCACAAUCAUGCUCAUAAGUUAAAUGACUCUAAAGACCAGCGCACGCUUCACAAUCGUUUAGAAGCUGAAUUGGAAACUGAGGCACCAGACAACAAUUCUGCUGAAAUUGGCGGUCCUCCUCCUCAUCACCAUCAUCAUCAUGCAAAUGAUAAAAAAGAGACCAUUAUGAAGGGCCAGCUCACUGAUGCCACUGGUCAGAGCGACCUAAAGGAGCUUCGGGAUUAUCUGAAAGAAUAG